CCCAAUGCUCCAUCGAUUGGUGGAAAACCAAAGUGCUAAGACUGCUCAAGACAAAAGUGAUAGUGAUAGUUCAGAUGAUGACAGUGACAUUGAAGAUGAUAUCAAGCCCGCUGGUAAACAAAUGGUAAAAAAGGUUCUUGACAAAGAUGAUAGUGACGAUGAUAGUUCUGAGGAAUCUGAUGGGGAGCCUCAAGAGAAAAAGAAGAAAGUUCAGCCGAAGGCUCCAUCGAUUGGUGGAAAACCAAGUGCUAAGACUGCUCAAGACAAAAAUGAUAGUGAUAGAUCAGAUGAUGACAGUGACACUGAAGAUGAUUUCAAGCCCGCUAGUAAACAAAUUGGUAAGGAGAAGGUAAAAAAGGUUCUUAACAAAGAUGAUAGUGAUGAUGAUAGUUCUGAGGAAUCCGAUGAGGAGCCUCAAAAGAAAAAUAUGAAAGUCCUGCCCAAGUUUCUUUCGAUUGGUGGAAAACCAAGUGCAAAAACGUCUCAAGACAAAAGUGAUAGUGAUAGUUCAGAGGAUGAUGACAGUGAUGGUGAAGAUGAUCACAAGCCCUCAGUGAAACAAACGCCUUCUAAAGACACAAAGAAGGGUAGCACUCUAGCGGAGGAAUCUGAGGAGGAAGAUACAGAAGAGUCUGAUGAAGAAAACGAGGAGGAACCCUAUAAGACUCCAAACAAAAAUGUAAGGUUAUCCACCCUCCAGUUGUGUGCUGCUGGCACUGAUGUAGAAAUGGUUGAUGCUGUUUCACCGAAGUGUAAGCAGAAUGAUUCGAAAUCUAGAAAGAAAACUCCACAAACCCCCGCUACUCCUCUAGGUCUGAAUACAUCUAAGACACUAUUUGUUGGCUAUCAUUCAAUGUUGAGUGGGCAGAUGUAUACUGGCGAAUUUGUUGACAUUCGCUUUGCUUCUGAUGCUGAUGGGAGGUUCAAGAGCUUUGGGCAUGUUGAAUUUGCCAGUGCAGAAGCAGCACAAAAGGCUCUCAUGAGGCGGAGAUUUGUUCCUAGCCAUUACUAUAGAGACCUUUACCAGAAAUUACAAAAUCUUACACAAGGGUCUAGGAGUGUAGAGGAUUACCAUAAGGAGAUGGAGGUGGCGAUGAUUCGGGCUAAUGUAGAGGAGGACCGAGAGGCCACCAUGGCUAGAUUUUUUAGUGGGUUAAAUAGGGACAUAGCCAAUGUAAUUGAAUUACAACAUUAUGUGGAGAUAGAGGACAUGGUGCACAUGGCUAUGAAGGUGGAGAGACAAUUAAAGAGAAAAGGGGCAGCAAGGUACACUUCGGUUUCUAGCACUACUUGGAAAUCAAAAUGGGAUAGGAAUGAUCCAGGUGAAGCAAAGAGAAAGACCGAACCACCUAAGGGAAAAGAUGAGGGAACUAGCAACAAACCCAAGGUAGAAUCCCAACCUUCACGGAAUAGAGAUAUCAAAUGUUUUAAGUGUUUGGGUUCAGGGCACAUUGCUUCUCAAUGUCCAAAUAGGAGGGUGAUGAUUAUGCGUGACAAUGGAGAGGUGAUGACUGAGAGUGAGGAUGAUAGUGAUGAGGUGCCCGAGUUGGAUGAUGCUAGUGAUGAUGAUAGUGGAUACCCUGUGACAGGUGAGUCUCUUGUUGCCAGGCGUGCUCUUAAUGCACACAUUAAGGUGGAUGAUGCAGAGCAACAGAGAGAGAACAUUUUCCAUACUAGAUGCCAUGUCAACAAUAAGGUAUGUAGUAUGAUCAUUGAUGGAGGGAGUUGUACUAAUGUGGCUAGCACUACUUUGGUUGAGAAAUUGAAUUUACCAACCUUAAAACACUCUAGACCAUACAAAUUGCAGUGGUUGAAUGAUUGUGGAGAGGUUAGGGUGGAUAAACAAGUGUUAGUUACUUUUUCUAUUGGGAAGUAUCAGGAUGAGGUGCUUUGUGAUGUUGUGCCUAUGCAUGCGGGCCAUAUUUUGUUGGGGAGGCCAUGGCAGUAUGAUAGGAGGGUGACACAUGAUGGGUUCAAGAACAAGUACAGCUUUGAAAAGGAGGGCAAAACAAUUAAGCUUGCUCCUUUAACUCCAAGCCAGGUCUAUGAGGACCAAUUGAAAUUGAAAAAGAAGAAAGAAAGAGAGUCUUCUGAGAGAAAAGGAAAGGCAAAAGUGAGUUUCUAUGCAAGAGAGAGUGAGGUUAAGAGGGCUUUCUUCGCAGAUCGCCCUAUGAUUUUUCUUGUCUAUAAAGAGUCUUAUCUUACUCUUGAUGAAACUAACCAGUUUCUUCCUAGUUUGGCUGUUUCUUUGUUGCAGGAGUUUGAGGAUGUAUUCCCGAAUGAGAUGCCAAAUGAGUUGCCACCCAUUAGAGGCAUUGAGCACCAGAUUGAUUUUGUGCCCGGGGCUGCUAUUCCAAACCGACCAGCCUAUAGGAGUAAUCCAGAGGAGACAAAGGAGCUUCAGAGGCAAAAGGAUGGGACGUGGAGGAUGUGCAUUGAUUGCAGGGCGGUCAACAAUAUCACGGUAAAGUAUCGCCAUCCCAUUCCUAGAUUGGAUGAUAUGCUUGAUGAAUUGCAUGGCUCAUGUAUUUUCAGUAAAAUUGAUCUUAAAAGUGGGUACCAUCAAAUUAGAAUGAAAGAGGGUGAUGAAUGGAAAACUGCUUUUAAGACUAAAUAUGGGCUUUAUGAAUGGUUGGUUAUGCCAUUUGGACUUACAAAUGCGCCCAGUACUUUCAUGAGAUUAAUGAACCAUGUCCUACGUGCAUUCAUAGGCAAGUUUGUGGUUGUGUACUUUGAUGAUAUCUUAGUGUACAGCAAGAACUUAAAUGAACAUAUUGACCAUUUGAGAUAUGUGUUUGAUGUGUUGAGAUGUGAAAAGUUGUAUGCUAAUUUCAAGAAAUGUGCCUUUUGCAUGGAAAAAGUUGUUUUUCUUGGUUAUGUUGUUAGUACGAAGGGUAUUGAGGUGGAUGAAGAGAAAGUCAAGGCCAUCAAGGAGUGGCCAACGCCAAAAAGCAUCACUGAGGUAAGAAGCUUUCAUGGCUUAGUAAGCUUUUAUCGGCGUUUUGUUAAAGACUUCAGCACCAUUACUGCACCACUCACUGAGGUAAUUAAAAAGAAUGUUGGGUUUCAUUGGGGGGCUAAUCAAGAGAAUGCUUUUGCCACUAUUAAAGAAAGGUUGUGCUCUGCACCUGUGUUAGCAUUACCUGAUUUUAACAAAACUUUUGAGAUUGAAUGUGAUGCCUCAGGAAUUGGGAUUGGAGCCGUUUUGAUGCAAGAUAGGCGUCCCAUAGCCUUCUUCAGUGAAAAGUUAAGUGGGGCAUCCCUGAACUACCCUACUUAUGACAAAGAGCUUUACGCUCUUGUUCGUGCAUUAGAGACUUGGCAGCACUACCUAUGGCCAAGGGAAUUUGUGAUCCACACCGAUCAUGAAUCAUUGAAGCAUCUCAAGGGUCAAGGUAAGUUGAAUAAAAGGCAUGCUAGAUGGAUGGAAUACAUUGAGACAUUUCCCUAUGUCAUCCGUUACAAGCAAGGUAAGGAGAACAUUGUUGCUGAUGCUCUAUCCCGGAGGUAUGUACUUCUUACUUCUAUGAGUGCUAAAAUGCUUGGGUUUGAAUAUGUGAAAGACAUGUAUGCCAAUGACGCUGAUUUUUCUAAUGUGUAUGUGGCAUGUGAUAAGGCGGCAUUUGGUAAGUUUUACAAGCAUGAUGGUUAUUUGUUUAAAGAAAGCAAACUUUGUCUGCCAAAUUGUUCUAUGCGUGAGUUAUUGGUGCGUGAGGCACAUGGUGGGGGAUUAAUGGGACACUUUGGUGUCAAGAAAACUUUAGACAUUUUGCAUGAACAUUUCUUUUGGCCUAAGAUGAAGAGAGAUGUUAACCGUAUUUGUGGAAGGUGCAUUACAUGUAGAAAGGCCAAAUCUAAGGUUUUGCCACAUGGGUUGUAUACACCCUUACCCGUUCCUAGUGAGCCAUGGGUAGACAUAUCUAUGGACUUUGUUUUGGGGCUGCCUAGGACCAAAAGGGGUAGAGAUUCUAUUUUUGUGGUAUACUCUCCUUUCGAAAUUGUUUAUGGAUUUAAUCCACUUACUCCUUUGGAUUUGAUGCCUUUACCUGUUGAUGACAGGAGUAGUUUGGAUGGACAAAAGAAGGCGGAGUUAGUGAAGUCACUUCAUGAGAGGGUACGGCUUCAAAUUGCCCAAAAGAAUGAAAGGGUUGCGUCCCAAGCCAAUAAAGGACGAAGGCGUGUCAUCUUUGAACCAGGAGAUUGGGUUUGGGUUCACAUGCGCAAAGAAAGAUUCCCAGCCCAUAGAAGGACUAAGUUACAUCCUCGAGGAGAUGGACCUUUCCAAAUUCUUGAGAAAAUUAAUGACAAUGCAUAUAAAGUG